GUUUUGGAAUGGUCUAACUCAAGAGAAAAAAGAAGCAGAUAAGACCAUCUUUGCGGAAGAAAUUUUGUCUUGUGUUCAAUUUCCUGCAGUCUGUACUCUGUAGUCAAUAAAUUCUGUUUUGGCUUUCAUGUUUCCACUCCUCUCCACUAAUUCCUUGUUUAUUUGAAAUUUUCAAUUAAAUUUUGGCCUUCAAAAACAAAAUUAAUCUUUCAAUUUUAUUUUGCUUCUCUUUCAUACUUUUCCCUUUAUUUUUGCUUUUUUUUCUCUACUUUUUUAGGGUUCUCGAUACAACUUAACCAACUGCGACUCAGAAUUGCCAGCUUUUUGAACUGGGUUUUUCUUCUUUUUAGUGAAUGACAAUUGGAUGAUUGGGAAUUGUUAGUUUUCCCAUUUUACUGGUGUUUGGGUUGAUUUAUACUGAUUUUGGAGUUUUGGGUCCGGGUGAUAAUUUGAUAAUUUUGAGAAUGGCAUCGUCUCGUGGUAAUGUUCAAUCUGAUACUGCAAAAAAGGAGCAAAUUAUAACUGAGUUUUUCACUAAGACCCUUCAGAUUAUACUAGAAUCUAGGUCACCCUAUGUGUCAUCACGAAAUUAUAGUGGAGAGCAGGCUCUAUCAUCUCCAUCAUCGUCAUCUUCAUCUCCUUCAAGCUUUAGGACUAGGGAUAAGUGGUUCAAUUUAGGUCUCAGGGAAUGCCCUGCUGCUUUGGAAAAUAUAGAUUUUUGGCGUCAAAGUAAUCUCGAACCAAUGGUAGUCGACGUUAUAUUGGUUCAACGCUCGAUAGAUUGGGAUCCUUUGAGUUUUUCUCCACAAAGGGAUUUUGUAAAAAACCCUACAUUGAAAGAGCAGGUUUCGAAUUUUAUGAACUUGGAACUUGAAGAGUUUGGUGUUGAACCAAAGAAUGAAAAGAUUAUAGAAAGAUGGGUGGUACACUAUGAGAGCCGUACGAGUAGAGAUGGUGGCCAAGGGAGUAAAAAAUCCAGUGGUAAUUUGCACUCACUAUAUAAGAAGUCAAUAGUGCUUUUGAGAUCGUUGUAUGUAACUAUAAGACUUUUGCCUGCGUACAAACUCUUCAGAGAUCUCAUAUCCUCUGGACAAAUUCGGACAUACUCACUUACACAUCGUGUUUCAUCUUUUGUUGAGCCCUUCACGAGGCGAGAAGAGGCUGAUAUGCAGAGAUUUAAUUUUUCUCCUAUUGAUACCGCCUGUGGUAGACUUUGUCUUUCAGUAUCAUAUCGAUCUGUACUUUCGGAUGUCAGCUCAGAGCCAUCAACUCCUAUGUCUCCACAGGUUAUACCAGAUUAUGUUGGGAGCCCAUUAGCGAAUCCACUUAAAAGGUUCCCCUCUCUUCCACGGUCUCAUGGCUCACCAUCAUGCUCUCCAUUUGCUAGACGUCAUAGCUGGAGCUAUGAAAACUAUCGGGCCUCAUCGCCGUCUAAUUUUCCAUCUCCAUCGCCCACGUACUCGGACUCUCAUUCUUCAGUAUCUAAGUGUAGGUCUCAUCUUCCCCCACCUUUGAGCUUGCCUCAGCAUUUACCUGAUGCCUUUCAAGCUUCUAGCAGAAAUCUUGGGUAUGAUGAAUAUUGGCCUUCCCCUGUCUUUUCACCCUCCUCAUCCCCUUCUCCACCAAUGUACAUUGCUGGAACUGAUGCAUCAAAGUAUUUAUCGAGAUGUGAAAGUGCUCCUGUGCGCAUUCCUACUAGUAAGGCUUUCAACAAGCAAACUUUGCCACCUUCUCCUCCCCCUAAGCUUACAAGAGCUGCCACUUUGAAAUCGGAUAGGUCUACAUGUCGAAGUGGCUCAUCAACUGAGAAGUUUUCUCUGGGGAGAGAUGAAAGCGGAAGAUAUUCCGGGGCCAGAUUAUCAACAAACAGCUCACCAGGCAUCUCUGUUUCUAUGAGUUCUAGUAGGCCAUCGUUUCAUGAUGAUUUUGAUGAUGCUGAGUUCACUUGCCCAUUUGUUGUGGAUGAUGAUGACUUGAUAGGUAACAGGCCUGAAUCCUUCUAUAAGAAAGGGCAACCAAAUGACCUACAAGAACAUGGAGGAUCCGGCCCUGUUAGAAAAUCCCAAGACGCUGCGGUUGGUGCUGUGGUGCUGAUGCUGAAAAAGGCUCCACCUCUUCGGCAGGAUUCACAGGGCCGCAACAAUGAACAAUCUCUUCUAAAAUCGGAUGAUCAGCAAUCUCAGAAGGCGGCUGGCACUAGCCUAUUAUCGUCAAGCCUUACACCGUCGAAAACAACCGCUGAUGCUUUGGAAGAGCUUCGGGGAUAUAAAGACUUGAGGGACUUUUUGCUUAUUCAAGGGAACAAGUCGCGUAUGAAAGGAUCUUCGAGUGAAGAAUCCUAGUACAUAACAAGCGUCUCCUACUUAUCAGUCUUCCGUUUCUGUACAUAGUAUCUUGCUUUAAAGUUCUGACCUUGUGUUUUUCGUCUACUAAUCUGUUCCGAGCACCCUCUACAAGAAGGGUGAUGAAAGUCGAGAGAGUUAUGAAGAAAGUGAGAAUCGGGCUCUGUGUUUUUGUUUUACAGAAGUUCAAUUUCUGACUAAUGACUUAUAUUACCAUGUAUAAAAGCCUAAAUCUAUAUUUAUGUUUGAUGGUGUAUACAUGUGUGUUGGAGAAAGAUGAAACACAAGGCAAUAUGGGCUAUAUGGCGGCAAUCUUGACUAGUGAACAUUGAUAUUUUGCAUGUAUAUAAAAAUCCAUUAUAAACAUUUCCAAAGUUUGUACAAAAUUUGAGAAGCAAGUUUCUUGUAUCGUUGAAAAAGAAGUGAAUGUUGUGUUGAGGUUUUUGGUA